AUGGCUUCCGAGGGCCCCAAAGAUUUGCCUGUCCGGCCUGGUGCCGACGCGAAACCUGCUGGUGACGGUCUCCCCGAUUUCAUUGUCGAGCGUAACAACCUUUUCGAGGAGCUGUGGCAACAGUAUCUUGAAGAGCUCAAGAACAAGCCCCACAACGACAUCAAUGUCACCAUUGAGCUUGGUGAUGGAAACACCACCAAUGUUACCGCCAAGGCCUUCGAGACUACCCCCGCUCAGCUGUUGAAGAACGUCCCCAAGGAGUUGAGCGCCAGCGUUGUUAUCGCGAAGGUGGAUAAGGAGCUUUGGGAUCUCGGUCGUCCGCUCGAGGGUGAUUGUACCGUCUCCUAUGUGCCCUUCGAGCACCCUGAGGGAAGAGAGGUUUUCUGGCACUCCAGCGCGCACACCCUGGGCGAGGCCUGCGAGUGCGAGUUCGGAUGUCUUCUUUCCCACGGUCCCCCCACCCCUCAGGGUUUCUUCUACGAUAUGGCCAUGCCCGAUGGUCGUGUUGUGAAGGAGAGCGACUGGUCGGCCUUGGACAGCAAAGCAUCUCGCAUCUUCAAGGAGAAACAAAGCUUCGACCGCUUGGAGGUCACCAAGGAGAACCUCAAGAAGAUGUUCGCUUACAGCAAGUACAAGCUGCACUACAUUGACAAGUUGGUGACAGGCGAGAAGAGCACAGUCUACCGUUGCGGUACCCUUGUCGAUCUGUGCAGGGGUCCUCACAUUCAGAGCACUGGCAAGAUCAAGACAUUCAAGAUCAUGCAGAACUCUUCAGCGUACUUCCUCGGCGACCAGACCAACGACUCUCUGCAGCGCAUCCGUGGUGUCGCUUUCCCUGAUAAGAAGCUGAUGUCUGAGCACCUCAAGUUCCUCGAGGAGGCCGAGAAGCGCAAUCACCUCAAGAUCGGCAAGGAGCAGGAACUCUUUUUUUUCGACGAAGUCUCUCCUGGAUGCGCUUUCCUUCUGCCCAACGGUACUAAGAUUUUCAACGCCCUCCAGUCCCUUCUGCGCUCUGAGUACCGCAAGCGUGGUUACCAGGAGGUUCAGACCCCUAACAUGUAUGAUGUUGGUAUCUGGAAGACUUCUGGCCACUGGGCGCACUACAAGGAUGACAUGUUCAAGUUGGACGUUGAGAAGAGAGAAUGGGCCCUGAAGCCCAUGAACUGCCCCGGUCACUUCGUGCUUUUCGGUCACCGUGACCGCAGUUACCGCGAGCUUCCUCUGAGAAUCGCGGAUUUCGGUGUGCUGCACCGUAACGAGGCCUCCGGUGCUCUCAGUGGACUUACCCGUGUCCGCAAGUUCCAGCAAGAUGAUACCCACAUUUUCUGUACCCAGGACCAGAUCAUGUCCGAAAUCGAGGGUCUGUUCGAUUUCCUGCAGUCCAUCUACGGCCUCUUUGGGUUUACCUUCAAGCUCAAGCUCUCCACCCGUCCCGAGAAAUACCUGGGUGAGCUUUCCACCUGGAACUAUGCCGAAGAGCAGCUGAAGGCUGCUAUGACCAAGUUCAAGGGCAGUGACUGGUACAUCGACGAGGGUGAUGGAGCUUUCUAUGGCCCCAAGAUUGAUAUCACCAUCGCUGAUGCCCUUAAGCGAGAGUUCCAGUGUGCCACCAUCCAGCUUGACUACCAGGCUCCCAUCAACUUCAAGCUCGAGUACAUGACCAACGAGAAGACCCAGACUGCCCAGAUGACUCAGGAGGAGCCCAAGGAGGGUGAGACCAAGUCCACCGAGCCUGGUCCCGGUCGCGCUCGCCCUGUUGUCAUUCACCGCGCCAUUAUUGGCAGUUUCGAGCGUUUCCUCGGCAUCUUGAUUGAGCACUUUGGUGGCAAGUGGCCUUUCUGGAUCAGCCCUCGCCAGAUCUUGAUCGUUCCGGUUAUGCCCGCUGUCAACGACUACGUUGAGGAGUUGCAGCGGAUUUUGCGCGCUGACAAGCUGAACGUUGACAUUGACAUCAGCGGCAACACCAUGCAGAAGAAGAUCCGUACCGGACAGCUGCAGCAGUACAACUUCAUUUUCGUCGUCGGUGCGCAAGAGAAGGAGAGUCGCACGGUUAACAUCCGUAACCGUGAUGACCCAGCCACCCAAAACAAGGGCAUUAUGGUCCCUCUGGACGAGGCUCGCGAGAAGCUCCGUAGUUUGCGGAAGGAGCGCAGACUGGUCAACUCUUUGUAGAACGAGAAUUGAUACCAUUCUGUUUGCUGGGAAAGUGGCUGCUUUACAGUUACAGAAAUUCAAGAAAUUCGUGGCGAUAUACCAUAUCUUUUAGAUGCUAGCUCAUAUAUAGAGCCCUCUGAGGAAAAGCGAAGAUCACGAUUUAAGAAGAUGUGCUUCUAAAAAGUCAAGAGGUGAUAUUCCAGC